AUGAAGAAUAAGUUUGCAUCUGCACAUGACCACGCGCUGGCGGCAAGGAGCACGAAAGAGGAUCAGAUUAUCUACUACUUUCGUAACUCUGGGGAGCUUGAGAACUGGUACAUAAUGACAGAUGAAGAUGUAGGGGCUCGGAGCUGGGCUGAAUUGGUUCAAGGCCCGAAUGAGAUGACUGCUGCAUUCCGUGGUUACCUUAAUAACACCCCACCAAAAGAUUAUGUAAUAUCGAAUGACCCCUUAGAGCCCACACCAAAUUUUUACGGUUUUGCGUACGUGGAGACUAAACCUUUUGAGGGUGUUCUUGGGCGAGAGCAGUUCAUGAAUUUUCAAGGUUUCAAUGCUUUUAAAAUCCGAUUACGCGGUGAUGGAAGAAAAUAUCAUUUUGAAACACUUUGCGAUUUUGGUUUUGGGGAUAGAAUGAUGUAUACUGCACCUAUUUACACCAAUGGGGGCCCUCUAUGGCAAGAAGUUACUAUUCCUUUUGCAAAGUUAAUUGCCAGCAUUGAUAGCGGGGCUGUUGCUAAGCAACGAGAAAUGGCCUUAGACCGUAUGUCAAAUUUUCGCUUUUUGAUACGGGAUAAAAUUGAAGGUCCAUUUCAUCUUGAAAUAGAUUACAUUGCUUUUACUCGCGAUGUUACUUAUGAAGUGUGUGAAAGUGGAAUAGACUACUAUGACCCGUGGGAACCUAUCAAUUCAAACUCUGGAAUGUAA